GCUUCGCCUGGGUUUUCCUUUGAAACUGCCCCCCCAUACCACCAACACCACCCGCGCUGAAUUUUCCUUGGCACCCCCAAUUAAUUGGAGAAAUAAAAAUAAAAACACAUGUGUCUCUCUCUGUGUUUUGUUUUUUCGGCUGCCCAAGUAGACGGCGCGUAGUUUUUCACUUUGACGGGAGUUUUCCUUUCGGUCAUCGCCUCACACUCAUUUCUAAUUGUGAUUCGUAGGAAGUAAGUUCUCUAGUGCAAAAUAAAUAUUCAAGUAAAAUAGUUAUAAAUCGGAACACAACAAUAAAUACAAGCAAACACCACCAAGUAUCGAAAAUAGAAAAAUAAAUUUAUAAAAAAAAAAAGAAAACAAGAAAAUAUCAAUCUUAAACUCGUCGCCCCCAACGUCUUUUGGUCUUCUUGUUCUUGUUCAACGUCCGUUAAAAACCACGCAUCAAGAUUGAAUAAUAUUAUAUGUGGAUAUCUUGAGAUAUAUGUGUAAAUAUAUCCCAUGACAAGCGUAUGCAAGAGAUAUAGAUGAUAAGGCAGCAGCGUUCCAGGAAAGCCACUUGCAACUGUAACUGUAAACUGUGUCCCCUCACGUAAGACGCUACGUAACGACCACGCAGCCUGAGAAUAACGUAUUGGAAGCAAUCGGAAAUCUAACGAUUUCAAGUAUCCGCCAGGCAGCAAGGAGCACAUCAAACUGUAUACAUGCGUGCUACAACUAAAACAGUUGAAACCAUCUCGAUAGUCCCAGCCGCCGCAUAAACGCCAUCCAAUUCGAUCCGCUUCGAUAAAGUCCAAUCUCAGCCAGAAAAAAAAAAUAGAAAACUAACCGAGCCGCUCGAACCAACGAACGGCAGCGAGAAGAACCUCUUUGGCCAGCGCGCACCCCCAAUCUCCAGCAACAGCCUCAACAUUCUGCCCUUCGGAGCCCCCAACUUUCGUCUGGAGACGACACCCGCAGAGAUGCACAAGAUCGCGGCAGCGCCGCCUCCGACGGCAGCGCCCGGCGGAGGACUGGAGACGCCCCUGGCGGCGCCCAAAUACGGCACACUCAUACCCAACCGCAUCUUUGUGGGCGGCAUCAGCGGCGAUACCACCGAGGCCGAUCUGACCCGCGUCUUCAGCGCCUACGGCACGGUAAAGAGCACCAAGAUCAUCGUGGAUCGGGCUGGCGUGAGCAAGGGCUACGGAUUUGUCACCUUCGAGACGGAGCAGGAGGCGCAAAGACUGCAAGCGGAUGGUGAGUGCGUGGUACUACGUGAUCGCAAACUGAACAUUGCACCGGCCAUCAAAAAGCAGCCCAACCCUCUGCAGUCAAUUGUGGCCACGAACGGAGCUGUCUACUAUACCACCACGCCGCCGGCACCGAUCAGCAACAUACCCAUGGAUCAGUUUGCAGCCGCUGUAUAUCCGCCAGUUACUGACUUUACAGCCGCUGGAGUGCCAGCCAUCUACCCACCUUCAGCCAUGCAAUAUCAGCCAUUCUAUCAGUACUACAGUGUGCCAAUGAAUGUACCCACCAUUUGGCCUCAGAAUUACCAAGAGAACCACUCACCAAUGCUGCACCCGACGCCCACGAACCCACAUCAAACGCAUCCCCAGUCGCACCCACAAACGCCCUGCUGGAGUAUCGAGGAUCUGAGAGAUACCAUGCCCAGGGUAUAGCUUCCGAUGGAUGAUGGGUUAUCGACGGUAGAAGUUGCAGAAGAGGGGGUUACGGCAAAGGAGACACAAAGAACUCGGGACAGAAGACCAAAUUCUCCAGAAAAAAUCAAAAUUGGAAAAUAUCAAGGAGGAGUAGGGGACUGGAGAACGGGAAAAAGAAUAUGGUGUCUGAGGGUAGAGGACCUGAGAAGAAUCGUCUCGAAGCGAAUACGAACCGAAACCUUGGCCAUAGGAAGUGGGAUCCUGACGAAAAUGGCGACGCCCCAUAAAAGCCCCUCGGUUUCUAGUUACUUUCUUGUUUUUUUUUUUUAAUUUCGAAACUUGCCCCAUCAACCCAAAAAACCUUCACGCUUACCACCCCAUCGGGGACCUCGUUAUUUGUUCCCAAGUUGAGAUUGUUCUAUUCGUUUUUCGUUACGUUUUGUUUUCCAGUUUUUCGUUUUCGGGCAGCAAAGGGGUAUGUGAGCGAAUGAGCAAAAUGUGAGGGCGAGUAUAUAGGAAAGGGCCCAGAUUAGCAAGCGCGGUAACAUCAUCAUCAUCAACGUCGUUUCCCAUCACAUGUGACAACACCAUAGCCAUUCUGAAGCACAACCGAAGCAUAUCCUAAACUUCUUCAAAAUUGGACGCCCCAAAGUGACUAUACAACAGCCAAUCAUACGAACCGCCAAACCCGAAGCUAUAUCACCCGAUCUGAGCUCUCGACCGACCCCCAAGCAAUCCUCUUGACUGAUGGACCCGCGCCUUAUAAGCAUAGCAAUCUGAAAAAAUGUUUCGGGUUCUGUUAACUCUUCAGGGCAUUCCGAUGAAUAAUAUCUUCGAUCCCUGUGUUCUUUUCAGUUAACCUUUCAAAAUUUAUCCAGUUUCAUCUUUAAUCUUGGUUCUUACUUGAUUUUUCGGACCUAAUGUAUUAUCCAAAAUUCGUUUUAGUUUCUGUGUGUAUAGAAUUUAUUCCAAAUUAUAAUUGAAAGUGUUAAUUUUCCGAUUUAGAUUCUGAUUAUCGCAUGUCAUUCCUUAAAGCUAAUAAAAAAAGAACCCGAAACAAAAGCUACCCUUGGUUUAUUUUCUUAUCUUGUUUGGUUUCUUAUAUUUCCUUUUCAGUUUUUCCUGGUCAAGUGUAGCAUACUUUCCAGGUGCUGCGAAAUACAAAAAGCAACGAAUCUUUCAGUAGCAUGACAGUCGAAAAGCAAAUCGUUAGGCAAACGAUAUGAUAAAAUAGUUGAAUUAAACGGUUGUGUCAAAUUAGCUCUAAUCUCAAUGUGGAAAAUCAAGAAAAUCGAAGGCAAUUUAUUAGGACUAAACUUGUCUAAACUCUAAAUGUAGUUCAAUUACGAUUGGUUUGCUAAGCUCGCUCGUCUUUAACUCCUAUCUCUCACUACCGUGUGUAAACUUUAAUCUUCCCGAAUGCGAUCAACCAAAGUAAUUAUAAUCUAUACGAGGCAUACUAAAACAAAAUACACUUAGGCGAUGGUUAGUAUAUGCGAAAAUAUAUACAUAUAUUGAAAUGUACAAGAACAAUAUCUCAAUGGCGUCUCAAACACAAGAAAAAAAGUAUAGGCGGUAAUCGGAUACCAAAUUAUAAUAUUUACGAAUGGGUCAGAUAAGAAAUGGAAAAGCCGAACAUUUUUACAUAAGAAAAAUGCAUUUUUUAACAAACGUCUACGUGUGAAUUGAAUAAACCUUAUAUGUGUAUACACGCAUAUAUUAUAUAUACAUUUUAUUAAAUAUAUAUAUAUAUAUAUGUAUAUGAGCAGCAAUUUUUUAUAACAAGAAGCGGCCCGAGGGGAGCGAGAUGAUGGAUUCAAGAAAGCAGCAGAAACACCCUGCCCAGUGGGCGUUCGUGCUACGAGGCUUCACUGUGCUCCGUGUGUGCGCGUUAAAACGUUUUUUGAAGUAAAAUUUAAUUUACACAAGACUGACGCUAAAAAAUAACUAAGAAUAUUAAAAGUGUACUAACCGUUUACGAAUUUUUCAAAUGCCACACACGGAGUGGGUGGAGGUCAGAGGUCAAGAGGCGCACGGAGGAUGCAGAUUGGAGAGCUUGCUGUGGGCGCCGCUUUGUAUAUGGUUAUAUUAUAUUGUACUUAAUAAACGGAAAACCUGAGAUAUAUAUUAUAUAUAUUUAUAUUUACAAUAAAGAAAAAAACCAAGCGUAAAACUAAAACCCAAGAACUACAAAGGCAUAAUUUAUGAACAAUUAAAAAAGAAGCGAAAUGAAAUUAAUGGUAAAUAACAAAAUAUACAGUGUUAUUUUUAUUUUUAUGAUAUUGUACUUACAUUAGUAACUAACAAACGUAACGGCGCAGCAAUAAUAAAUAAAUUAAUUAGCAACCAGAACUAGGCAAAAAAAAAAAAUAAAAGCAAACCCCACAAGAAAAUGUGAUGAAUAUUGUAUAAAAAAUAAUUGAAAAGUCCCAUCAUCCGGAAGACACGAAAAUCUGAGUUUUGGUAGAUCAUUAUUUGGCAGAGUAGUAGAAUCGCUGGAUCGGACGAGCCUAAGAAUACAAUAAACGUGCAACGAAGUCUUUUUAGAUUUAUCAAGGAUUAACCUUAACCACACAUAGGUGCAUUACGUAGUUCUCGAACCGAGGCGCAUAUGGCGCUUAAAUGUGUUUGGAUUAUUGUUGUAUUUAGUGAUCCGUUGGGUCCUUAGCCACAAUUACACCCGCAUUAUGAUAUCUGUUUUGGAUCGUUGUUGUCAGCAAAAGUAUCUUUUUUAAAUUACGAUUUCUAACAUAUACAGAGCAAUUUCUAGAGCGAGAUCUCGAUGUAGAGGCAAAACAUGGCAAAUGGUGAAAAGCAAAACGACAACAAGAACAAAACAAAGCGGUUUUUCUAUCAAUGUUGAAAGCGAAAUGUGUAGGAAAUAUUUAACCAUAUAUACAACAAAUAUAAAUUGUAGCUAAAAUGGUUUCAUGUAAACGAAAUUGUUGAGUAUUUUUAGUCACGAGAGAGAAUCGAAGUAAACGGAAACAACAGACACCCCAAAAAAACAGAUGCAGAUAAAACGAAGAAUUUACAAACAAAUUUGCAAAUUUUAUGCAAUUUUCUUGGAUUUCCCUUUCGGUAGAUUUAUUAGUCGACCUUGCUUCCACAAAUAUUUGCACAGAAUUUCGUUUAUUGCCUUCUGCUGACAAAACUGUCCACUCAUUUGAUUUACAUACCCCCUACCAUUAUCCUGCCUUCCGAAAUGCCGAAAUUCUGUUGCAAAAUAUAUAGAAGUAUUAAAAUUAAAUCGAAGUGCAUGUUGCACAUUGUGAGAAUCUGUGCUGAAGCCGAUGCAGGAUAAAUAAAAAUACACUUGUAGAAAAAACGAGAUACCGACGCCGCGAUACAGAUACCGAUACACCUAUGUUAAGCCAAUUAAAGCGCCCAAUGAAUGUGCUAUAAACCGAGAGAUAGGAUUACCAAAAAACGAAAAUACAUAGCAAAGAUUAGCUGAAGAGUAAUGAAAAUACUAGACAAAUUAUACUUUUAGCUAAAAUCAAGUGGAACUAAGAAAAUGUAUCCAAAUUCUUCCGUAAAAGAAACACAUUUCUAGCAAACAAUUUACCGUACAUAAGAGUCUAAUAUACAUACACUAUACUGAGCAGCAUAAAAAAAAGUAGAGUCAAGGAAAUACGUAAAUCAGACGACACACACAUAUAGACACUCCCGAGAAUCCAGAGAAUCCAGAGAAGUUACAGAUCAAGCAAUUGCAGCCCACUACGGAAAUGAUAUCAGCAUGGCGAGGGGAGAUUUGAGGGGGCAUAGAAGGAGUACGGAGUAGGAUUAGCGAUAGCAGAGGGGACAAUUAUAGAGAAAAAACCCAACUGAUCUCUACUGUGUUCUAUGCUUUAGAGGGGACAUACAUAAGUAAAGUAAAAGUAAAAAAAGUAAAUUAAUUAAAGUUGAAAAACCAAAGUAUUACAAUUUUGAGCUGCAAUAUUUUUUAAUCAAAAACCGAAUGGAAAAUGGAUUUAAUAAAAGUAAAUUACAAAGAUAAUAAUUAAUAUAUAUUUUUCUCUUUUGAGAUAAACCAAACGAAAACUGUUUUGAUGUGAAUUGAGUUAGGCAACAAAUAAACGAGGUCAUAAAAUAACAUAACAUAUUCCAAGAAGUAUCAAAACGGAAACCAAAGCUAGCUAAGAAAAUGCACAAAGUUUUGUGUGUAUUUUUUCGGUUUUUAUUCAUGUGUGUAAAUCUUCCGUGUGCAAAAAAAAAAAAUAAAA